AUUUCCCUAUCCAAAUUCCCCAUUUGGAUAUGAUAGUCCACCAACUCUCUAGCGCUGCUUCAUUUCCCACGCUCCGGUGACGCUAAUCCUGGCGUACUGGACAUGUUGAUAGAGUUUCGCCAUGGAUGACCGUGAGCUUACUGACGAUGAACAACAGGCCCGUGUCGCAAGAUCUUCGCAUCGCCGACCCCUCUCCGCAGCUGUUCCAUUGUCUUAUCAUCAUCCCGUCUCCCCACCCCAGAUCAGCCGUCGUCUGUCUGACCAACAAGAAACCUCUAAGAAGAGAAUACGCCAAUCGUCAGAGGACGACAGCGCUGCUGACCCAAUGGCUCGCGCGUUGGCGUACCGAUCGCCUUUGACCCGAGACCGACCUUCAUCCGCGCAUCCCGGCGAAGACCUUGGUCGCGCAAAGACAUUCCAUCAAUCUUCCUCUCGCUCAACUGUCAACACACCCCGGUCCUUCACCUUCCAGGAUCCGAUGGGAGAGAACUCUCCAUACGCACGGAGAAGGCCUUCCUUGACAGACAGCAACACCGGCUACUCUGCGCGCAGCUCGGCGUACAGGCAAUCCAACUUGUCGUAUGGCCAAACGCGUACGUAUAACUCUUCGCCCUUGGUUCCUAAAUCGAUAGAGGCACCGCGCACCGAAAGCCAUCAAGACGCAGUAACGACAGUCGAAGGAACCGAAUCGACCGCAACAGCAUCGACAAACGCACCGUCGACAGUGUGGGACGAAUUGGACGAUCUCAAGUCCCGCAUCCAUCGUCUGGAAUUGACCGGCAAGUUGCCCAAGACCUCGGGCGCCGCAAUGUCGAGAGCCUCAGAUGAUCGCCCUCCGACCGCAACCAACACGACCAUGUCCACCUCGCCGAAACGAGCUUCCGAAAGUCAGCACCCUCACACCGACGCAAUUAGCACGACAUCUUCACAACGCGAGGUCCAGCAACCCAUCCUCCUUUCUGCUGUCAACAAGUCCAAGCCAUUCCUUAGUGAAGAGGUGGCAAAGGCACUCGAGGUGGCAGCAACAGACGCUCUGGCACUGGCCAACAUGAUGGGGACGGCAGGCCAACCUGGGCCCAUCUCAAGCGGCGCCAGCACAAUUGGCGUCGGCACCAGCCUGACGGAUCGUCAAUUGCGACGCAAGGCUGACAGCAUUUGCCGAAGCCUUACGGAGCUGGUUCUGGCAUUGAGCGAAGAAGCGGCUGGCAACAAGACUCUCCAAGUCAACGUUCCUGCACCCAAAGAAACGACGACACCAGUCACACCAACUAUUAACAAGACAUUCACUGGCGGAUCAUCCGGCCAGCGACGUCCUAGCAUAACAUCCGCUGAGCAGCAGACUCUCCCGAAGCCCAAUGCCAAUACGGUUACGAGCCCUAGGGCCCUGUCAAAAUACGAAGAGAGGCGCAACACUAUGCUCAACCCGGCUUCGCUCCCCAGUCCUAGGUUUGCGCUCCCACCCGGCACCAUUCCGAGUACCCCUGGAGACGGCAGCAAAAUGGCGAAUCGAAAGUCAUCCUUAUUGAUUAGUCGGUCGCGCCGUGCUGUUACCGAAGAGCCUGAGGAUGGCCGUAGGUCAUCCAUGCUGAGGACCCGACGAGCAGGCACAGAGGAGCCGGAGGAUUCACGCGAAGCAGCAGGCCGCGAGAAUGGACGUCAAACGUCGCUUCUUCGCUCACGCAGGGGAACUGUGGGCGGCGAAGAUGAAGAUGAAUCUAGAUUCCGCGCCCCAUCCCGCGCUGCUACAGAGCUCACCACACCGGCCCGCGCAGUCUCACACACCUACCUCUCAAACUCCAACUCCAACGAACUAUCAUCACCAGCUUCUUCUGCCCUGCCUCGCAGACGGUUCGGAGCCUCAUCCAUUACUUCUCGGCUGGUUGCGCCUUCCACACCAUCGCUGGCGACGCGCCGAUAUCUGGAACGAACUCCAGAACGCGAACAACCCUCAUCGGCCGAGAAAGCCACCGAGGAACGGCCGCAACAAGUUGUUGCGCAGCCGCGACACUUUUCCCUCAGUCACACUUCGUUGCUGAACCGGGCUAGCAGCAUUAGCCGCAGACCGAAUCGCGACAGCACGAUAACGAACUCAUCAACGGCUGCUCAGUCGGGCAGUUACCGAUAACGUCUUUACGAAUCACAGUCACACGGAUGAAUGUAUCAUAGAUGUCUUAUUCUCACGCUGGCGUCAUUCUUGUUUUGCAUAUGGUAAAACCGCAUGGGCUCGGCAGCGGUUACUCUGUACUUGUAUGACAAUCCACGAGGGAAGGCCGAUUGAUUUCUUGGGAUUCGCCUUUCCCGUAAAAAAAACAGGCUGGAGUAGAGCAUUUGUAUAUCGAGCAGUCCAUAGGAAACAAAAGGUCAAGGAUAGAAGCAUAGGAUGCUUCUGACUUGUUUGGUCAACUUUAUGAUUCUCAAU